AUGCCAACCACCCAGAAAGAGACGCUCAAGAAAUAUGGGUCGCCGGCACGGAUAGGCCCCAGUCUGUUGGUCACGGAUGACCCCGAUCUGCUGGGGCACAUGAGUGCUCCUGGGUCUAAAUGGACGCGGAGCUCGUGGUACGAGGGCAUGAAGCUAGACUCCAGAGCUAACAACAUCUUUUCGGAGCGCGAUGAACGACGACAUGCCGAGAUGAGGUCGAAGACGAUAGGGGCAGUAAAUUCACCCGAGCUAUAUGCGUUUCCUGUAACUUUGGUGUUUACGUUCUUGAUUGUGCUGACCGGUGACAAGUAUUCUGGGGGAGGUUGA